GAAUUCGAGGGCAUUGGCACCUCAACCACGGGUAAGAGGGGCCUCUCUAUUGCUCACUUCCUGCCUUACCCAAGAUUAGCCUUAAGCUAGAUCCAUUGGAAGGAAAGUGCUGUUCGCUUGUAGCUGUAAGAUUCGCUACUCCCUCAACAAAAUUGCCGCCGGUUUCCGCUCCACUAUCCAUCCCCUUGCUGAUUUAUCAAUCUAUAAACUGAGCUCUCCGCUGACGAUCUCCUGAUUUUUGUAAUCUUCAUAACACAUUAAAUCUUCCAAAAUGGCCAACCUUCCUCCUGUCUACAUCGUCUCUACGGCUCGUACACCCAUCGGCUCUUUCCUCGGCUCUUUGUCGAGCCAGACCGCCGUUCAACUGGGAGCUGUCGCCAUCAAGGGAGCUGUCGAGCGUGCCGGUAUCAAGCCUGAGGAUGUCGACGAGGUCUUUUUUGGCAAUGUCCUCUCCGCUGGCGUCGGACAGGGCCCUGCCCGCCAAUGUGCCCUCGGUGCAGGCCUUCCUCAGACUGUCAUCGCCACGACCGUGAACAAGGUCUGCGCUUCUUCGCUCAAGGCCAUCAUUCUUGGUGCUCAAAACAUUAUGCUCGGCACCUCCGACAUUGUCGUUGCUGGUGGAACCGAGUCCAUGUCCAACACUCCUCACUACCUCCCCAACCUCCGAAACGGCGCCAAGUACGGCGAUCAGACUCUCAUCGAUGGUGUCCUCAAAGACGGUUUGACCGACUCUUUCAAGAAGGACCACAUGGGUAUCUCUGCUGAGCUUUGUGUUCAGGACCACGAGCUCACCCGUGAGGCCCAGGACGAGUACGCCAUCAACUCAUACAAGAAGGCUCAGGCUGCCACUGAGGCCGGUCUUUUCACCGAGAUCGUCCCCGUUGAGGUCCCCGGUGGUCGUGGCAAGCCCGCUAUCAAGGUUGAGCGUGACGACGAGGUCAAGAACCUGAAUGUCGACAAGCUCAAGGCCAUGCGCCCUGCUUUCAAGCCUGAUGGUACUGUCACUGCUCCUAACGCUGCUCCCAUCAACGAUGGUGCCGCCGCCGUUGUCCUCGUCUCCGAGGCUAAGCUCAAGGAGCUCAACCUUAAGCCUGUUGCCAAGAUCCUUGGUUGGGGUGAUGCUGAGCGUGAGCCUGAGCGUUUCACCAUCGCUCCCGCUCUGGCCAUUCCCAAGGCCAUCAAGCACGCUGGUUUGACCGCCGACCAGGUCGAGUACUACGAGAUCAACGAGGCCUUCUCCGCCGUUGCUCUCGCUAACAUGAAGAUCCUUGGUCUGAACCCUGACCAGGUUAAUGUCUACGGUGGUUCCGUUGCCAUCGGCCACCCUCUUGGAUGCUCUGGUGCCCGUAUUGUCACCACCCUUACCUCCGUCCUCAAGGAGAAGAAGGCCAAGAUUGGUGCCGUUGGUAUCUGCAACGGUGGUGGUGGUGCUUCUGCUAUGGUUAUCGAGAACCUGCAAUAAAAGGGGCGACUGGGAUAAUUGACGAUUUAGAUGACACAUUAAACAGGCAUGUGGUGCGAUGGAACGAAAAGUUUUGUCUUGCUGUAUCCGACACAUCUUGAUAUGGCCUACGAUAUCUGACUGCUCCACGGUAUACCCUUACAUAGCCAUUUAGGAAGAGAUAUAAAUACCAUUUUUAAUUCACAGGAGACCAACUCAAGGCAUGACUUUUGAUAUGAUGAC